UUUAAUAACUUACUUAUUAACUUAACAAAUAAAUCAAAUUAAACACGUAGAUAUGUCGGCAGGGCAUGGAAUCGAAUUUGCUUUAAUCUGGUGCAACUGGAAACGGCAGAUCUGUCCAGAGGCAGAGAUCAAACUUCCUUCAUUUGAAUCCCAGGAAAAUAUAUCACCACAUCAAUAUCAACAUAACCUCGUAAGACAAAGGAGGGAAUGCAAUGAGAAGGUAGAUAAAACUUACAAUGCCGGUAGAUCACAAACGAAUUAACGGCCCUGACGAAAGCGUACCGUAUCAGUUAUAUGCCAGGCUAAAUACUCGUUCAUUAGAGCAAAGGCUAAAAGAUGCUUCUAAAGAUAAUUUUCGCCAAGAUUCAAGAAAAUUUUCGGAACAGCGUAAGAUCUUUUUAAAAACAGGAGUCGUCAGUCAAGCAAAAGGUUCAUCAUACAUUGAACAAGGAAUGACAAAAUUGAUAGUAUCAGUAUUUGAUCCUCGAGAAAUUCCCAAUAGAACAGAGUAUCGAUUGAAAGGAGAAUUAUAUUGCGAAUUUAAAUUUGCGCCAUUCAGCUGCCCGAAACGUAGACUGCAUCAACAAGAUAGUGAAGAGAAAGAGUACAGCUCCAUUAUGAAAAAAGCAUUGGAAUCUACAAUUUGUUUACAUGAAUUGCCAAACUUUCAAGUAGAUGUUUAUGCUUUAGUCCUAAGUAAUGAUGGCUCUGCUGUAAGCGCAGCAAUAACAGCUGCGGGUUUAGCUUUAUCAGAAGCAGGAAUCCCAAUGUAUGACAUUGUUACCUCAGUUACUUUAGGAAUCCAGCAUAAUAUACAGUUUUUGGAUCCAACUUGGAAUGAAGAAGAAUUGUGUAAGGCCCAGAUAACAUCAUCAGAGGAAGAUGAAAAAAGUUGUCAUGGUUUUGUUAUUUUGUCAAAGCUUAACACUCAUCAACAGGUGUGUCAGUUUCACCAGACUGGAAAUAUUGCUGCUGAUGAUUUGAGUCACAUCAUUACUGCUUUGUCCAAUGCUUGUGAUGUUAUUGUACCUCUCAUUCAAAAAUGUUUGGUCAAGUCUGUUGUUAAAGAUGUUGAAAGUAAUAAAAUGGAUAUAUGACUUGCCUAUUUAUGGUUUUCUAAACGUCAUAACAUUUCAAGCAAUAUUAGAAUAUUACAUGGUAUAAUUUAAAAAGAAGAUAAGUUUGUGUUGUAGAAUAAGCAGCAACUCUUGAUUACUAAAAACUAGAAGUCAACAUAAUUUUAGAAUGGGACACUAUCAUGUGACCUAUUGGAAAUGCCUAUCGGCCCCUAGCCACUAAUCGCUUGAAACAGCGGCCAGUGGUGGUGCGCAAUUCUUAUGUAAUAAAGCACAUUCUCUUUAAUACCGUUUUUUUUAGGAGCGAUAUUAGUACAAAUUGCCCAGAGACAUAAUAAUAACCAACUACAAAAUUCUAAAAUUACAUGCUCCUGGUCCUUAUUAGUGAUUUCAAUUUUGUUGUUUUGUGGCAAUGUUACAUCAAGGCGGGUAAUAUCAAUAAAUGACUUAAGUCUACAUCCUGAACAUCCAUUGGAACAAACCGAAUUCUACAUAAUCCAUAAAAAAUUAAUGAUAUGGACGAUUAAAAUUGAGAUUCCGAUAAUUUGGGCGGCUGAAUAUACGGAUCGAGUGGCAUAUGCUGAGUCGAUCGCGUCGAGUUUUUACCGUAUACACGAAGUUAAUAGGUACUUAUAAUUAAUUAAUAUAAAAAAAAUCAGAUUCAUCACUAAAAAACGGAAAAUAUUCGUUUACACUGACGGACAAAUCACUUUGUUUUCCAUCCACCUAACUACUUAUCUCAAACUCGUUCAAAGUACGUACGAUUCUUCAUCAAUAUUCGUUUUCACCUUUGAUCGAAAAAUCAUAGAAUAGGCAAUAACAAUGCCGUUUU